AUGACAGCCGAAAGUCAAGACGCGGGUGCCUGUCCCGUCGACCACACCACCCGUCAAGCAUGGCUCGAGCAAGCCCGUGCCGCCCAGCAGGCCUCCUCCGCCGCGGCAGCAUCAUCCGCAUGUCCGGUCGACCACAACACCUCACCACCACCACCAUCGCCACCAGCCCGCCCCGCUAAUCAUCACCAUGCGUCGCCGCCAAAGGUCUGUCCGGUAGAUCACACCGCCAGCAGGCCGAGAUCAUGGACCCAGGCGAUAACAUCCUACAUCCCCUUCUGGUCGUCGCAGGCCACUGCGCCUACCCCCAAAACCCCCGAGGCCGGGCAGGUGCGCGACGGUCUGGGGACGGAGCGCAUAGUCUCCAGCAUCCCCCGAUCCAUAAAUACCAACCCGGACUCGUCACCCUACCCGAUGGAGCACGGUGCCUCGGCCAACGCAGAGGUCGAGUCCGGCACCGACCACUCGGGGAACUGGGUUUACCCUUCUGAAAAGAUGUUCUUCGAGGCCAUGAAGCGCAAGGGCUACGAGGCCAACACGGCCGACAUGAAGACCGUCGUGCCCAUCCACAACGCUGUCAACGAGAGGGCCUGGAAGGAGAUUUGCGAUUGGGAGAAACCAUAUCUCUCUGAGUCAAAAUGCGGUGGCCCCAAACUCGAAUCCUUCGCCAACAAGAUGGAACGCAUGACCCCCACCGCUCGCCUCAACACAAUCCUUGGAUACACGGCUCCCUUUGACCGUCACGACUGGGUCAUUGACCGAUGCGGAACCCGCGUUGACUAUGUCAUCGAUUUCUACUCCGGUCGUGCCGACGGGAAACCUGGCCCUUCCUUCUACCUUGAUGUUCGGCCUAAGCUGAAUACCUGGGAGGGUGUUAGGAUGCGGGCCAUGAAGCUGACCGGCUUGGCUUAG